UCUUGGCGUUACCAACAUCAUGAUCAACAACUCCCACCAAACGAUCACAAACUUAGUUUUGUGACUCAAAUCCGUUUGCUUGCAAGACUCGAUCUUUCCCCAAGUUUCCCGGCAUUGACUGCUCGUAGGAUGGAGUCUACACCGUCUGAGAAACCACGCGAGGCAAUAGUGCAAAGUGAUGGAAACGAAAAGUCAGAACCACAGGAUGGCGGCGGUUUGGGCAAUUAUAUCCGCGUCUUCCGCUACGCCGAUGCGACAAGCUGGACCCUGAAUGUCAUCGCAUUCGUUGCCGCUAUUGCUUCAGGGGCCAUCCUUCCCUUGAUGAACUUGGUCUUUGGUAGAUUCGUCACCAUCUUCACCCAGUUUGCUGUGGGCGAUGUGACUCCUGCGCAAUAUCGAUCCGAGAUAAACAAGUAUACGCUGUACUUUGUGUACUUAUUCAUUGGCAGAUUUUCGACAUUCUAUCUUCAUGCUGUGUGCAUUUCCAUCGCUGGCAUCCGAACCACAAAGGCUCUUCGAAUCGACUUCAUCAAGCACACACUACGCCAGAACAUCGCAUACUUUGAUUCCACCGAUACGGGAUCUGUAACCGCGCGAGCAACCACCAGUUCCAACAAUGUGAGCACUGGUAUAUCCGAAAAGCUUACAUUGGCGAUACAAGGAAUUUCCAUGUUCGUCACUGCCUUCAUAAUCGCCUUUGCAGUACAAUGGAAACUUACCUUAAUCACCAUCACCAUAAUCCCAACGAUCUUAGUCGUCAUCACAGUAUGCAUUGGAAUGGACGCAAAAAUCGAGACAAACAUACUUGCAAUCCUGGUUAGGGCGGGACAUCUUGCCGAGGAAGUUUUCUCAACAGUACGGACCGCGCAUUCGUUUUGGCUGACGGAGUUUCUAUCUGAGAAGUACGACUCCCUGCUUCAAGAAGGGACGAUUGCGCUCCGGAAACGUCCAUUAAUUUAUGCCAUCAUGUUUUCCACGGAAUUCUUCUGCAUUUAUUGCGGGUAUGCGCUUGCUUUCUGGCAAGGUGUUCGUAUGUAUUCUCACGGGGAGAUCACAGAGUCCGGCCAAGUAUUCACAGUCAUUCUUGGUGUUGUAGUUGCAGCUACAGCUAUGAGUAAUCUUGCGCCACAAGUCAUUGCGAUUGGAAAAGCCUCUUCUGCUGCAGGGGACCUUUUCGAAGUCAUCGACCGUGAAUCGGAAAUUGACCCGCUCAAGGAGGAAGGCAAGAUACCAGCCACUUGCAACGGUCAUAUCGAGCUAGACGACAUUCACUUUGCAUAUCCGACAAGGCCUGAUGUACCUGUUCUCAAAGGAUUUUCACUGUCUGUCCCAGUCAAUCACACGGUUGCUAUAGUUGGCGCUAGUGGGUCGGGCAAAAGCACCUGCGUUGGUCUUCUAGAGCGUUGGUACGACGCUGCAAAGGGCAAAAUCACUCUCGAUGGAAUCCCUAUCCAGGAGCUUAACCUCAGAUGGUUACGCACGAACAUUCGCCUGGUUCAGCAGGAGCCGGUUCUUCUCAGUGGAACCAUUUUUGAAAAUGUGGCCUGUGGUCUUUUCGGCACCGACAAGGCCGAACUGUCGCAUCUUGAACAGAAGACCUUGGUCGAACAAGCUUGUGAAGCUGCAUAUGCGGAUGAAUUCAUCGAGCGACUACCAAAGGGAUACGAUACUGAAGUUGGCGAACGAGCUAUGAUGCUGUCUGGAGGGCAGAAGCAGAGGUUGGCCAUUGCGCGUUCCAUCAUUAGCGAUCCAAAGUGCUUGCUGCUCGACGAAGCAACGAGUGCUCUCGAUCCAAAGGCCGAGAAGAUGGUCCAACUAGCUCUUGACGGGGUGUCAAAAAACCGGACGACCAUUAUGAUUGCUCACAAGCUAUCAACGGUGAAAAAUGCAGACAGCAUUGCCGUUGUGUCUCAAGGUACAGUGAUUGAACAAGGUAGUCACGACGAACUUCUAGCGAAGGAUGGUGCUUAUGCCAGGCUUGUCCACGCGCAAGAAUUGGGCCACGCCGACAAAACUGACCCGAAGAACGCCGACGAACAACAUGAGGACCUCUCACUGACGAAAACACAAACGCAAGCCGUCUCCACCCACGAGAAUACCGUUCCUCGAGAUAUCGAUGACGGAAUCAACUAUAAUCUCGUUCAUUGCAUUGGCAGGGUUUUCUGGGAAUACCGGCGAUUAUGGCCGCACUUCUUGCCUCUCCUCAUUGCCUCGAUAGUAUGCGGGUGCACGUAUCCCGUUCAAGCCAUUCUCUUUUCACGUGUUACCCGAGCCUUCGAAAUGUCAACCCCAGAAGCGAUCAAGGAAGGAGACUUCUACUCGCUCAUGUUCUUCGUGGUCGCGAUUGCGAACUUGGGAGGGUAUGCAGCCAUUGGUUAUUUCAGCACACGCGUCGCGCAUCAAGUAGCCCAUGGGUACCGGCUCGAAAUGUUUCAACUCAUUCUCAAGCAGGAUAUGAACUUUUUCGACAAAGCUGAGAAUGCCUCCGGUGCGCUCACCUCGAACCUAUCGCGCCAUCCCGAAAGUCUGACAGAGCUGUUGGGCUACAAUUUCAUGCUUAUUAUCAUCGCAGGUGUCAGCGUUAUCUCUAGCUCGAUACUUGCUAUUGCUGUGGGGUGGAAACUAGGUCUUGCUAUUGUAUUCGGAGCCAUGCCUCUAAUUGUCUCGGCUGGUUGGGCGCGAAUACGCCUCGAGUUCAGGCUGGAAAGACAGACGGGCAAGCGCUUUUCGAGCAGUGUCGCUCUGGCUUCUGAAGCUGUUGGUGCAAUUCGAACUGUGUCGUCGCUGGCUUUGGAGAGAUACAUCAUCGAAAAAUAUGAAGAGCGGCUUUCGGGAGUGGCAAAGCGAUCUCUGAAGUCGCUCAUUUGGACCAUGUUUUGGUACUCACUGACUCAGUCCAUUGCAUUUCUAGGGAUGGCUCUUGGCUUCUGGUAUGGUGGUCGUCUAGUGAGUUUUGGAGAGUACUCCACAGCACAAUUCUACACGGUCUACAUUGCGGUUAUCUUCUCCGGCGAGGCUGCUGCGACAUUUUUCUCCUAUUCAACUAGUAUGACCAAGGCUGCAACAGCGGCAAACUACCUCUUUUGGCUCCGCCGUCAAAAGCCAGCAGUACAGGAAGAUCCCUCCAAGCCUCCAUUUGAUGAUGGAAGAAAAAAAGAUCCCGCCCACAUUGACAUUCAGGAAGUUGCUUUCGCGUAUGAAUCACGCCCUAACACCAAUGUUCUCAAUAACAUCAAUGUCGAUAUAAGACCUGGACAAUUCGUCGCUUUCGUCGGCGCGUCAGGCUGUGGAAAGAGUACCAUGAUCUCGCUCCUAGAGCGCUUCUACGAUCCCUCGUCCGGUCGCAUUCAGAGCGAUGGGGCUUCUCUUACCGAACUCUGCCCACGAAAGUAUCGCAGCCAUGUGUCCCUCGUACAGCAAGAACCCGUGCUAUACCAAGGCACGAUCCGCGAGAACAUCGCCAUGGGUGCCGAUCAGAAUGUUAGUGAUGAGCAAAUAGAGGAAGCCGCCAGACAAGCAAACAUUUAUGAAUUCAUCACUUCACUCCCUGAAGCUUUUUCCACGCACGUCGGUAACCGCGGGACUUCUCUUUCGGGUGGUCAACGUCAACGUCUCAGCAUUGCGCGCGCUCUUAUUCGCCGCCCGCGUCUUCUACUUCUCGACGAAGCCACUUCCGCGCUCGACACUGAGUCCGAGAAGAUUGUUCAAGCAGCGCUCGAAACUGCGAAGAGCGGUCGCACCACUGUUGCCGUUGCGCAUCGUCUGAGCACUAUCAAAGAUGCGGAUACGAUCGUGGUGUUCGCGCGAGGCAAGGUGGUGGAGAUUGGAACGCACAAGGAGUUGUUGGAAAUGAGGGGGUGGUAUGCGGAGAUGUGUAAGGGACAGAGUUUAGAUAGGGAAGUUUGAUGGGUGUCAAAGAUUUGUGCUGGAAUUAUUGGAACUACAGGACGCCUUGGUGUAUAUAUCUGAGGGGAAAUUGAGUAAUUGGUGAGCACAGAAAGUGCUUGUAAUGAUUAAUCACUGAAUUCAUUCCCGGCAUCCCAAGACAUACGAAAAUUCGCUAUGUUCCUGGUCGCUACCCUCCAAACACAUACUGCUAUGAUCAUCUGAUACCCCGCAGACUCAAGAUUCGAAAUCGAUCAAGCUCAAUCAGAAGAAGUAGAAGCACGCAAUCAACAAUUGGCUCGUCGAGCACG